AUCUCUUAAAUUUCAAUGUCAAUUUACUUUUCGGUUGUGUUUAUUUUGGAAAGUAAAUUAAUAGCGAAAAACAAAUUACAACGAUGAAUUAAAGAGUUCUUUCGGAAAACGAGAGCAGCUAAAAAAUAUUGCUAAAGAAUUUGCAAAAAUGGCGAUUAUUGCAUUCAAAUUCAAUGACGUCAUGCUACGCAUAAAAAUGCCGCCAGUGACCUUGGCAAUGGUCGCUUGUUUGCUACUAGUGUCCUUGACGCCAACCAAAGCCGGAGAAGUGAAUGACAAACCCAACAUUUUGCUAAUACUAAGCGAUGACCAAGACAUUUCACUGGAGGGCAUGACCCCCAUGCGACAGGUACAGAAGUUUAUCGCAAAAGCCGGUGUUCAAUUCAAUCAUGCGUACACUAGUUCCCCACUCUGCUGCCCCUCCCGCGCCAGCCUACUAUCUGGCAUGUAUGCACACAAUCAUGGCACUAUCAACAACACUAUUAACGGUGGUUGUAAUGGUCACCAUUGGCGUACAGCAAUUGAGCCACGGGCACUGCCUGUGCUGCUGCAAGACGAUGGAGGUUACCAGACUUUUUUCGCUGGAAAAUACCUAAAUGAAUUUCAUGGGGAACGCAAACCGCCGGGCUGGACACAAUUCUAUGGCUUACAUGGCAAUUCUCGCUACUACAACUACACUUUACGUGAGAACGAACGAAACGUUAGCUACACUGACACAUACUUAACGGAUCUGUUGCGCGAUAAAGCAUUGGGCUUUCUGAAAACACGCAAUAAGCAGCAACCAUUUUUCGCAAUGAUCGCGCCGCCUGCGCCUCAUGCACCGUACACGCCCGCAGAACGACACCGUGGCGCAUUCGCAAAUGUGAAAGCAUUACGCACACCCAAUUUCAAUCGCAUACCACUGCCACAAGAGAAACACUGGCUUGUGGCUGCAACGCGCCCUAUGCCGAAUAUAACAUUGAAAUUACUGGACAGUUACUAUCGGCAACGCUGGGAAACGUUGCUGGCCGUGGACGAAAUGGUAGCUGCUUUAAUUCAGACAUUAGACGAUCUACGGCAAUUAGACAACACCUACAUCAUUUACACAUCAGAUAACGGUUAUCACAUGGGUCAAAACGCUCAACCAUGGGACAAACGACAACCCUAUGAAACCGAUAUACGCGUACCGCUGCUGAUGCGUGGUCCUGGAAUACCACAGGGCGUGGUAGUGCCACAACCCAUAUUGCUGCUGGAUUUAAUGCCGACAAUAUUGCAGUGGACCAUACUGCAUGCACGCACACCACUGGACGGCUUGCCAAUACAGGCAGCAUUACAACAAGAAAUCGAUGACAAACAGUUGAAAGAAUACCGACGAAGUGUGUUGAUACAGCAUUGGGGUGAAGGCAACGACGACACUUAUAAUCGCGACUGCCCAUGGUCGCCCAAAGAUCACUUGUCGCAGUGUACACCAGAGUCGGAUUGUCACUGCCAGGAUGCUUGGAAUAAUACGUAUGCAUGUGUCAGGCAAUUUAGAGACAAAACUGAUCGACUUUUUUGCGAAUUCAACGACAGAGAGAAUUUCGUUGAAGCAUAUGAUGUCAAUGAUGAUCCUUAUCAAAUCAAUAACAUCGGCUAUGAUUUGUUGCCUAUUGAGCACGCCUUUUAUAGUUUGGCGUUGGCGAAUUUGACACGUUGCGCUGGCAGCCAAUGCAAUGAUAUCAACAUUUGAAUGUAGAACCACGUUAAGGCGCACAAUAUGAUCUCCAGUUGUGAUUAAAUUUCGCAGAAACUUUCAGUAUAGCACAUGUGGGUGAACCCGUAAGUCAUCCAUCAUAAUUUGUCGUCUAUAUUUCACCAAAUUUUCUUUAUUGUUAAAGCUCGAAAAAUAAAAAAAAAAAGACACUUGA